CUCCCAGACCCGGCUGAGGCCGUACCGGACUGCCCUUUCCCAAGAUGGCUUCGAAGAUUGGUUCGAGACGCUGGAUGCUGCAGCUAAUCAUGCAGCUGGGUUCCGUGCUGCUCACGCGCUGCCCCUUUUGGGGCUGCUUCAGCCAACUCAUGUUGUACGCCGAAAGGGCCGAGGCGCGCCGGAAGCCGGACAUCCCAGUGCCUUAUCUAUAUUUUGACAUGGGGGCAGCUGUGUUGUGUGCUAGCUUCAUGUCCUUCGGAGUGAAGCGGCGUUGGUUUGCGUUGGGCGCCGCACUCCAGCUAGCCAUUAGCACCUAUGCCGCUUACAUCGGGGGCUAUGUCCACUACGGGGACUGGCUAAAGGUCCGUAUGUAUUCCCGCACAGUUGCCAUCAUUGGUGGCUUUCUGGUGCUGGCCAGCGGGGCUGGGGAGCUGUACCGCAGAAAGCCCCGAAGCCGUUCUCUGCAGUCCACUGGCCAGGUGUUCCUGGGCAUCUACCUCAUUUGUGUGGCCUACUCGCUACAGCACAGCAAGGAGGACCGGCUGGCGUACCUGAACCAUCUUCCAGGAGGGGAGCUGAUGGUCCAGCUGUUCUUCGUGCUUUAUGGGGUCCUGGCCCUGGCCUUCUUGUCAGGUUACUAUGUGACCCUGGCCGCCCAGAUCCUGGCUGUGUUGUUACCUCCUGUCAUGCUUCUCAUUGAUGGCAAUGUCUCCUAUUGGCACAACACACGGCGUGUCGAGUUCUGGAACCAGAUGAAGCUCCUUGGCGAGAGUGUGGGGAUCUUCGGGGCUGCCGUCAUCUUGGCUACCGAUGGCUGAGUUCCACAGAGAGAGCCUGAUUCGGGCACAGGGGGCCACCAUUGAAGGCCAUGUCACCUUCCUCCUUGCUGGCCCAGUUGCUGAUUAUUUAUGCUUCUUGGUU